UCGGCGCAUCCAAGAAAAGUAAAAGAAAGUCGAAAAAAGAGAAGCAAGGAAAGCGGACGCUGCGCAUUUUAGCAACCCACUUUCCUCGAAGAAUAUCUAUUUUGCGGGUUUUCAAUGGCUGCUCCACCAGCAAGAGCUAGAGCUGAUUACGAUUACCUCGUAAAGCUUCUAUUGAUCGGCGACAGUGGUGUCGGUAAGAGUUGCCUACUUUUACGAUUCUCAGAUGGUUCCUUUACAACCAGCUUUAUCACCACCAUUGGUAUUGAUUUUAAGAUAAGAACCAUUGAGCUUGAUGGUAAACGAAUUAAGCUCCAAAUUUGGGAUACAGCUGGGCAGGAGCGGUUUCGGACAAUCACAACUGCUUAUUAUCGUGGAGCCAUGGGCAUCUUGCUAGUCUAUGAUGUCACUGAUGAAUCCUCCUUCAACAAUAUUAGGAAUUGGAUUCGCAACAUUGAACAGCAUGCAUCAGAUAAUGUUAACAAGAUAUUGGUCGGGAACAAGGCUGAUAUGGAUGAAAGCAAAAGGGCUGUGCCGACCUCCAGGGGACAAGCGCUUGCUGACGAAUAUGGAAUCAAAUUUUUCGAAACAAGUGCAAAGACAAAUCUGAACGUGGAGGAAGUUUUCUUUUCAAUAGCCAGGGACAUAAAGCAAAGACUCGUGGAUACUGACUCAAAGGCUGAGCCUUCAACGAUCAAGAUCAAUAAACCUGACCAGGCAGCUGGGGCUGGUCAAGCUGCACAAGGAUCAGCUUGCUGUGGUUCAACCUAAGGGGAUCGAACUUGGUUCAAAUCCGGUGCCUCCGGUGGGGCACAUAUUGGAUGUUAAACUUUGAUAGAAAAUGGAGGAAAAAAGAGAAAAGGGAAAACUAAUUGUGUAUUGACUGGAUGAUGAGUGCAUGUAUUUUCUUAUUGUCAUUCUUUAUAACUUUGUUAUAGGGUGUGAAUGUAAUGUUUUCAUAAUUGGAUCCUUUGUGUAAUGGGACGAACAUACCUUGUUUUUCUUCCCUUUUCUUGGCUCCUUCAUAUCGGAAGCCAGGGUUCUGACUGCUUGCAAGACUAGUUCAUUUUGUUGAUGCAACAACAACCUUACCUGUGAUU